AUGGAGAUCAGAGUCUUUUCCGAGCUUGUAAACAAAAGCCGAGUGGCGGAGGAGUGUGUGAGGAAGGCAGCAUUAGAGAAGGGAAGUCUGAGGAUGCCUUUUCAGAGGGCUCAUGAAAGGAACUUUGUACCAAGGGGCAGAAACUUUAAGCGUGGAGGUUUUAUUCCACAAUACAAUCAGGGUCAAAGCAACUUCAGAAGGCCGAAUAACAAUGCUAAUCAAGGAAGAAUGUAUGGAAGGCAACUACAGCAGGACUUGAGUUGUCAGAGGUGCGGGAAGUAUCACUCUGGAGUCCCAUGCAGAGUAGGAUUGGGAGUGUAUUUCUUUUGUGGACAACCCGGGAACUUGGCCUGGAAUUGUCCAGAUAAUAAGAAGUAUGAGACCGGUAGAGUACAGCAGCUAGGGAGAGUGUUCACCACUUCUGCAGCAGGUGCCAAGGGAUCCAAGACCUUGAUCAGAGGUAACUGUAAAGUAGCUGGUAAACUUUUAAGUGCUUUAUUUUAUUCUGGAGCGACACAUUCAUUCAUAGCAUUUGAAAAGGCUAAUGAGUUAGGAUUAAAAAUGGUAGUGUUAGGUUAUGAUUUAAAGGUGCAUAAUGCUACUUCUUAA